CAUCUGAACUUAUCAGCUAACAGCUCUUUCCUUAGAUUCUGUUUCUAGGCAAUCAAUCACCCAAAUUAGCCUGUACCAACCGUUGAAGCCCGCGUACCCUGACUCUCUUCCCCUCGGCCUCCCUCUUUCUUUCUCUGUUUCCAUUUAUCCGUGUCUCUUAUUCUGCAAUUUCUGAGAAAGAACACAGACCAACUUUAAAUCAGACACGCUUUCUUACGGAUGGAUCUUUCCCAAUAUCACUUUUGACUCGGUCUUUUUUCCUUUGAUUUUGAGACACAGCAAAAUCGAGAAUGGAAAUGUGGGAUCUUUAGCGAGUCUGAUGAAUGAAAAUCAAGAAAGCCAUUUUGAGUCCCAACUCGACCAUUUUGGGAACUUGCCAUUUUCUUGAUUACCCAUUCAGAAAAGAAAGAUUGAAAUCAGUAAAUAGCCCCUUAUGCCAAAUGCCAGACCCUAGAGCUUUGGUACCGAAUCCGGAAAACAAGGAUUUGGACAAACUCACAUGACCAAGUUGUUUGAUUUGAUCUUUAACACAUACAAAUUCUGGGGAUCAAACCGUAUUUCUUUGGCGACUAAUCUUGAAGAACCCAAAUUCUUGAAUUUAAGGAGCUGAGAGUUAGGAAUUCAGGAAUUUGGGUUCAAACCCAGAUGUACAAACCCCUUAAAUUCUCUGAACAAUCCCAUAAUUUCCCUUGAAUUUCUCUCGUUUAAUGGAAACACAGUUAUCAACACUCAUCUUUCUGAUUUUAGGGCUUCUGUGCAACUUCUCUGAUCUACUUGUCGCAUCACAACAGAUACAAAAUGAACCGGCAUCAUCGCCGUUGAUAAAACCACCGCCGCCGCCGCCGCCGCCGCCGCCACCACCUCCUCCGCCAUCAACAUCCCCACCCCCACCAUCUUCGCCGCCGCCGCCGUCACCGCCACCGCCUUCACCAUCACCACCUCCAAAGUCCUUAAAAUCUGCAACUCCUCCGCCAUCAUCACCCCCGCCGCCUGUGCCUCCAUCUCCACCUCCACCUACACCUCGGUCUCAGUCUUGGUCUCGGUCUCGGUCUCUACCUUCACCUCAACCUCCAUCAUCACCUCCAAUAAGCAGUCCUCCGCCGCCACCAAGGCAUGCCUUGCGCACCAGCGCCUCAAAGAGCCAUCAAGCAUCGCCACCGCCAACGCAAAAAGAUCAGGAAAUGAACACAGGGAAGAAGAUAGGAUUGCUGUUUGUGGGUAUUGCUGCAAUUUUGCAGAUUGGGGUUGUUGGAUUCUUGGUUUUCAAAAGAAGGCAGCUUUGGAGGAUCCAAGAUAGAUAUGAAACUUGCUCUUCAUGAAUUUCAGUAAUGUCAAGUUCAUAUCUAAAGGAGGUCUUUUUUUUUUAUUGUUCGAAUUGAAAUUCUUUGUCAGAUUCUUUGGUGGCUAGUGGGAGGAUUGGUUUAUGAACACAAUUGGAAGAUUGAUGGAUAGCAAGUGGAGUGUUGGUUCCUCUCAUUCGGGUCCUUGUGAUCUUCUGUAAAGGGGUAUUUUGUUGAUUGACAUUUUAUUCAUCUUUUUCUCUUGGUCUUGGAUUUCUUUCUAGUAUAGUUCUAUCCAUACGGCUUAUAACCCAGAGAAGAGUCAACCCAUUUGUCAUGACACAGAUUGUGCUAACAUACAUGUAAACAGAUUCUGGAAUCAUGGAAAAUUUGGAAGGAUUGCAAUGACAAUUUCUACUUCACAUUCGUUUAUGUACAUUUAAUGAUUUGUUAAAUUUAAAUUUGUUAUUGAGUU